CUUUACCGUAUCUAAUAGGAGACAUAUCGUUCGCGGCUUUUCAAGCAUAACUAAAUAUGAUUAAGUUACUGGUUCUGGCGUAUGCCGUUGCUGCAGCCCAUGCUGGGGGGUUGCUCUCUCCUGUGGGAGUGAACGGUGGCCACUACGGAGCCAUUAGCGCGUGGAACCCUUACAGCACCUACCCUGCCAAACCGGCAAUAGCCUCACAACAAUCUAACAUAUACCGGUCACCCUUAAACCUUGGCCAGGUAUCAACGUUCUCAAAAGCAGUUGACACUCCAUUCUCAAGUGUUCGCAAGUCAGAUGUAAGGAUCAGCAAUCCUGGAGUACCUCUGACACCGGCUUACCAGGGGAUCGCGGCUCCUCUCGUGACACACUACGGCGUAGCAGCACCUUUGGCUGCCCCUGUAGCUAAAGUAGCUGGUGGACUUCUAGGUGUAGCUUAUUCCGCCGCUCCAGCAGUUUCCCACAUGAGCUACACAAAUGGCCUUGGCCUGGCCUACUCCUGGUAAAAUGCAUCUCAAUUAAUGUGUAAUUAUUCUGUAUAUUGUACUUGUAAGCGCUUUAUGAUUCCUCUUUAUUUUUUACCUGAUAGUUGUUAACAUUUUACUUUUAAAAAUAUUAUUGUCUCUAAUAAAAGUGUUUGUUUUUUCA